UGAAAUAGUGAGAUACAUGUCAUACUACGCAAAAAGAAGACAUAAGUAACUAAAUGCUUAAGAUCGAGUUGGGUCUAAAGUCAAUCAAAUCAAAAUUAUCAGACCAUUUAUUUGUGAUUUCCACAUACACAUAAUUUUGAAAUAGAAAAUCAUAUAGUUUCCAUUCUGUUUCCAAAAUCACAACUGUGAUGCCACUAUAAUUACUUAGGACAUUAGAUCGUAAAGAAGAUAUUAAAAUGAUCGAACUUUCUGCAAAGUUAACAACUGGGACUGUUUAUUUGGCUGGCGAAGCCUUGGAAUGCUGUAUAUCAUUCUGUUACACUGCUCAACCAGAACACAGGAAUUCACAAAGCCACUAUGAUGCUUUAGAAAACUUAGCUUGGGCUUCGGCUCAGAUCCACUGCUUCUACUCCACGUCAAAGAAUACAGGAGACAAGACUCCAACUAUAGGGAAGACCACCUCUUUGGAAGUUACCUCUUGUGAUAUCGGAGAUGUUAUAUUUCAUACUAAACCCAAGAUACUAUUCUGUGAUUUGACUAUUCCUUUGGGUGAAACUAAAACUUUCUGGUACCGAGAAUCACUGCCAAUUGAAGCCCCACCAUCAUACAGAGGUACAUCAGUCAAAUACUCAUACAAGAUCACAAUAGCGACACAGAAAGUUGGUUCCCACAUCAAAAUGGUCCGGAUACCAUUCAGAGUGUUGCCCAUCAGUCCUAUCAUGAACAUGCAGGAUUUAGCAGCUCUAUGUGGGAAUGAGACCACUGAGGAACUGCAGCCAACCAACCCCUUCUCUGAAGAACGGAAGGUUGAAACACCUUUGACUAUGGCUUUACAAGUUUUACAGAAUCUCACAGCCAGAAGAAGUCCAAACUCAUACAUGAUAACAAACACUAGAGGCAAAGUGGGCAGGUUCUGUUUGUUCAAGUCUGCAUACAAGCUGGGCGAAGAUAUUGUGGGCACUUUCGACUUCUCUGUGGGCACAGUCACUUGUAUGCAGGUAUCUGUAUCAUUGCAACCAGAAGAAGUGAUCAAAUCAAAGUCACCAUCUAAAAAUAUGAUGAACAAAGAUACCAGUAGCAGAUCCAUGACAGUAGCAAGGUACCAUGAAGUAACUCUCGGAUUGACACAGUCCCAGUUGAUUCUGCCAAUACCUUUGCACAUCACUCCAGCAUUUGAAGUGGAUGAUGUGUCACUAAGUUGGAGACUCCAUUUUGAGUUUGUGACAACCAAUGAGAAGCUCUUGCCUAACCCAGAAGAGAAAGAUUGGACUGCCCCCUUGAAUGUACCCAUAGAAACCAUGGUUUGGAACCUUCCAGUCAAGAUAUAUUCCACUUUACCCAAACAGAUCACACAGCAUUCAGUCGGCAAUGAUGCAUACACUAUGUAUAUAAAAUAGGACUAGUGGAUGUUAGAUAAGUAUAAUAAUUAUGUAUUAGUGUUAAUUUAGUUCAUUCCGGUAUCUAUACAUUGUAUGAUUUAAAUUAUUAAUAGUUUAUGUAAUGAAAUGAAAUGAAUCUAGAGAUUUUAAGGAAUAAUAUUAUUUACAUAGAAUUGAUGUAACUAUUAAGUGUAAAUAUUAUUUUAUUAAUGUAAUGUAUGAGCCCUAUGUAAUAUUGAUAAUGUAAAAAAUAGAUAGAUUUGAUAUUUACAAUUAUUUAUUAAAACAGUACUUAAAAUUAAAAACAAA